UGUCCCCUGUGCCCCUGGGCAGUGCUGAUGUCCCCUCCUUGUCCCCACAGUUCCUGGAUGACCCGGGGCUGAAGAACGACAUCCGGAACAAGCCGGUGCAGCUGCCCCUGGCGCACUCGGGCUGGCUCUUCAAGGAGGAGGUGCCAGAGCAGGAGGACACUCAGCCAUGGCUGCCUGCAGCCAAGGAGGAGAAGAUGGAGCUGGACCCGCCAGCAGUGAAAGGUGGGGCUGGGCUGGGAGAGGUAAAACCAGCAAGAACUGCUAACUCUUGUUCCCGCUGUGCCCUGCAGGAGGCCAAGCAGGCAGAGAACAUCUGCACCCUGGCCGACCUCCCCGAGGGCCAGGUGGGGAAGCUGCUCAUCCGAAAGUCAGGCAAAGUGCAGCUGGUGCUGGGCAAGGUCACCCUGGACGUGACCAUGGGCACCCCCUGCUCCUUCCUACAGGAGCUGGUGUCCGUGGGCAUCGGGGACAACCGCACGGGUGAGAUGAUGGUGCUGGGCCACGUCAGGCACAAGCUCGUCUGCUCCCCGGACUUUGAGGCUCUCCUGGAGCACAGGCACCGAUAGCCCAGGGGGUCCCGGCCCCCCCAGACCCCAGGAUGGACCCUCAGCCCCUCCAGAUGUGCCUUGGGACGUGGGCAGGGGGCUGGGGAUCCCAAUCCCAUGCUGUGAUCCCGAGGGAUCCAGAGCCAGCUCCCAGCUGGUGUCCGGCCGUGUCCCCCACACCAGCGGCUCCCCCCAGUGCCAAACGGGGAUCUUGGGGUGUGUGGGGGGCUCUGGGGUGUCCCCCAGCUCUGUGGACACGUUGGUGGGAGCAGGACACACGUCCUGGGGGAAAAACCUGGAAUAAAAGCUCUGUUCCCCCUGUG